UUCCUCCACCAGCAAACCAAAAGGGAAUUCAAAGCGAUUUGCCCCCUGAACUCGCGGCCAUUCGCGGAUUACUCCUCGGCAGUUUCACGCUUCGCCCCCAUGCCUGGUGAAAACUAGUCGCAGCGAGCGAUGCCGACGCCGGUGCCCGCGGCGAGGCAGUGCCUGGCGCCGGCCGCCGUCACGGCCCUCGACGCCGCCGUCGUCUCCGCGCGCCGCAGGGCGCACGCGCAGACCACCUCGCUCCACCUCAUCGCCGCGCUCCUCCCACAAACAGCCCCGCCGCUGCUCCGCGACGCGCUGGCGCGGGCGCGCAGCGCCGCCUACUCGCCGCGCGACCAGCUCAAGGCGCUCGAGCUCUGCUUCGCGGUCUCCCUCGACAGGCUCGCCUCCACCUCCACCUCCACGCCUCCCCCGGGUGACGAGCCGCCCGUCUCCAACUCGCUCAUGGCGGCCAUCAAGCGCUCCCAGGCCAACCAGCGCCGCAACCCGGACACCUUCCACUUCUACAACCAUGCCGCCUUCCAGCCCCCCUCCUCCGCGGCCGCCACCUCCCAGGUCCGCGUCGAGCUCUCGCACCUCGUGCUCGCCAUCCUCGACGACCCCGUCGUCAGCCGCGUCUUCGACGACGCGGGGUUCCGCAGCGCCGACGUCAAGCUCGCCAUCCUCCGCCCGGCCCCGCCGCUCGGCCGCCUCCCCGCGCGCGCCCGCCCGCCGCCGCUCUUCCUCUGCAGCUUCGCCGCCGCCGACGACGCCGACGUGCCCUCGCCAGCCUCCGGCGGUGCCGCCGGCGACGACAACGGCCGCCGUGUCGCCGAAAUCCUCGCGCGCGGCCGCAACCCCAUGCUCGUCGGCGUCGGGGCCGCGUCCGCCGCAACCGACUUCGCGGCCAACUCGCCCUACCGUAUCAUCCCCGUCGGCCCAACCUCCAUCGACCAAACAAACCUCAGCGUGGCGGCGGCGAUGGCUGCCGCCACCUCCGGCCUCGUGAUAAGCGUCGGCGACCUCAGGGACCUUGUCCCCGACGACGGCGAGCUCCAGGAGAGGGCGCGCCGGGUGGUGGCGGAGGUCACGCGGGUGCUGGAGACGCACAGGGCAGGCCGCGUCUGGGUCAUGGGCUGGUCCGCCACCUACGAGACCUACCUCACCUUCCUCUCCAAGUUCCCCUUGGUUGACAAGGACUGGGACCUCCAGCUGCUGCCCAUCACGGCGGUGCGCGCCGGCGGACUCGUGCCCCCGGCAACCACGACGCCUGCUUUCUCCAACCCUGCAACUGCAAGCUUGGUGGAGCCGUUCGUUCCUUUUCGCGGAAUUAUGAACGAUACCUACGAGUCUAGCAGCCUUCCAGCACAUCCUUGCCCUCAAAUCCUCCGGUGUCAAGAAUGCAAUGAUAGAUGUGAGCAAGAAGUCACAACUAUCGUUAAAGGAAGUGGCAUUACAGGUGAAGACUAUCACCAGGGAGGUCUGCCUUCCCCGCUUCAGAAUGUCAGCAUGAUGGGUCUUAACAAUGGACUUGAUGCUAUCAAGGUUAGAGAUGAUCAGAUGGUGUUGAAAUCAAAAGUACUGAAUUUGCAGAAGAAGUGGAACGACUACUGCCUGCGCCUACACCAAGGCUGCCAGACCAUCAACAGAGGUCCUUACCAGUUCCCGCAUUAUAUUGGUGUUCCAGCUGAUAUGGAAAGAGCAACAACUCUGAGCAAAGGUUCUGAGUCAGUUACACUUCAAAGGGGGGUUAUUAGACCUUCUGCGGUGUCUGCUACACGUACAAACGCAACCCCAAAGAGUGUUUCACCUCCAUCUAUCUCCAACCAAACAAACGAAGACCUUGUAUUAAGUCUUCAAGGGAGGCACUCGAAGGGUGAUGAUCAACUUCAAGAUAGGCAUGUGCAAUUGCAACAAGAAGACUUGUCGAGCUGCCAUGACCGUGAAAACCACAUGUCGGCAUCAACUGCUGCUGCUGCAUCUGUGGCAACCGACUUAGUGUUGAGCACACCUCGUGAAUCUUCUUCCAAGGGUACAAGUUCUGCCUUCUGGAAACAUGUAGGGGAUGCGGAUAAGUCUACACAUCUGACACCCAGAAAGGUGGAUGAUUUGAAUCUGAAGCCUCCACAGACCUUUGCACAACCUUACAGCUCUCGAAGUUCCAGAAAUGUGGGCCAAACAUCACCUAGUUCUCUGCAUUCGGCAGCUUCAGGAGGCGUGUCUGCCUUUGGCCAAUGGCAAAAGCCUUCACACCUUGCAGUACAAGGUUCUGAUUUGAGUAAUUACAAGCUACUUGUGGAACGACUGUUCGAGGUAGUCGGAAGGCAGGAAGAAGCCCUGAGUGCUAUUUGUGAGUCCAUAGUUCGCUGCCAGUCAACAGAGAGACGCCGUGGCGCAAACCGGAAGAAUGACAUGUGGUUCAGUUUUCAUGGUGCUGACAGCAUGGCCAAGCGGAGAGCUGCUGUGGCGCUUGCAGAGCUCGUGCACGGCAACAAAGACAACUUCAUUUAUCUGGACCUGAGCCUCCAGGAUUGGGGUGACUCGAGCUUUAGAGGAAAGACUGGCAUAGACUGUGUCGUCGAGGAGUUGAGCAAGAAGCGGCGUUGUGUAAUCUUCCUGGACAACAUUGACGAAGCGGACUGCCUUGUUCAGGAUAGUCUAUCUCAUGCCUCUGACACCGGCAGAUUCCGAGACAUGCGUGGCAAGGAAGUUGCCAUUAAUGAUUCAAUAGUAGUCUUGUCAACAAGAUUCGCACGAAGCAGCAGAAAUCUCCUGGUUGGGGUGGAAGACAGGCAUACUUUCUCCGAAGCGAAGAUUCUGGCAGCUAGAGGACAGCAACUGAAGAUCUUGGUAGAACCAGGCACAGCGAUCACCAGCAGAGGCCCCAGUAGGAGUCCGGUGGUAGUUUCCCCAAGUCACCCUCUCGCCAAACUUCAAACUUCUUUAUGCUCUGGUAAUGUCAGCAAGAGGAAGCUCAACGAUUCUGACGACCAAGAAAAUCUGCUAGAAUCACCGAGCAAUCUCAAGCGGCCACACAGAACAUCAAGUGUGCCGUUCGACUUGAACCUACCUGUCGGCGAGGACGGAUCCAAUGGCGCUGAUGGCGAUGACAGCAGCAACAGCAACGACAACUCAUCUGGCAAUCCAGAGAGGUCCAUCGACGGCCUCUUGUGUUUGGUCGACGGAGCAGUCGAAUUCAAGCCGUUCGACUUUGGCAAACUCGCCAACAACAUCCUGCAGGAGCUGAGCAACAUGCUCCGAAACAUCCUGGGCUCGGGCUGCACGUUGGAGGUCGACGUUGGCGCGAUGGAGCAAAUGCUCGCGGCUUCAUGGGCAUCGGAGGACAGGCGGCCUCUGCAGGCCUGGCUGGAGCAGGUGUUCGCCCGGAGCCUUGAUGAGCUGAAGCUCCAGCGAGGUAAGCAGGCGAGCAGCUCUGCUCUUAGACUAGUGGCCUGUGAGGAGGACACUGCAUCAGUGUCGGUGGCGAAGGAAGACAGCAGAUUUGGAUCUCUGCUCCCCUCAAGAAUAAUUCUAGAAUGGCGAUGAAUUGGUGAAGGUAUCUGUACAUAUAUAGUGUGAUGGAUCGCUGUAAUUAUUUCUAGCCAGCUAGCUAGUCCAAGAUUACUAAUUUCGUCGGGGAUGAAAUAAGAUGUAGCCUACACUAGUUGAUGGUGGAUGGACUGACUUCAUGUAUAUAUAUCGGCAAGAGUAUAGUUUCUGAUUGUAGCUAUUAACUGUGGAUUCUCUUUACGAAUAUAUAAUGAUUGUUACGUAUUGUGA